GUGCUCCACCACCCAACAACAUCGUGCCACUUUCUCCAAGGAAGGACCAGUUGCUACAAAUUCUACACAGCAAUCCGGCCACUACCGUAAUGGUGGACAGGCCUGAUUUUCUUUUACCGGAUACCCCAUCUGGUGCCCAAUAUAUUUGUACAAUUUCAAUAUACAAGCAUGUGACGCCGUCACAACUGUCACAACAGGGGGGUAGACUGGACUUAGCUGAUUUUUUAUCCAUGAUGCACUGACGCACAAGGUAAUUCUGACUUAAUGAAAAUGGCAAAACGUCGUAAGAGUUCACUGCCUUUUUCUCUUGAAAGUUUAAGGGAAGAGGCCUUCGCUUAAAUAAAAUAAUCAUCUUUAUUGAGGAAACUUUUUCAUAAGAGAUAUGGUUUUCAAAAAGGACCUCAAAACUAGAUAUAUAUUAUAAAAACAAAAAAAGCUAUAAAAUUGCAAAGGGAUUAAAAAGGUACAAAGAAUGCAUAAAAAAUUAAAAAUAAGUAUAAGUAAAAAUUAAACGUAAGUAGCUAUAUUCAAAACUUAAAAACAUUACGUUUAAAACUAUUUACAUUCCUUGAGUCUUUGAUCAUCUGACUGAGGGAGUUAAAAUCGGAAACGGCAUGAUAUUGUGUUCUUUGCUUCCCUCAAUUUCUUUUGACACGUGGUAAUCUAAAAUUGCCUUUGUUACGUGUAUUAUGCCUAUGAAGUACGUCUUGUCUAAUCAAGUCCAUAUCGUGAUUAAUUAGGCCAUUGAUGCAUUUUUAUACGUGUACACACCUUCUUUGAAAUCGCCUUUUCUCGAGAGGCAGCCACUUCAGAACAGCUAAUGCCUCAGUGGAGGAUAAGUACAAUGGUCUAUUCAAAAUAACUUUAGUGGCCUUAUUUUGCAAAACUUGCAAACUAGACAUAAGGGUAAUAUUAUGUUUAUUGCCCCAUACUAGAUCGGCAUAUUCAAAAAGGGGCAUAACAAGACUUUUAUAGAAAAGUAGACGCGCCCUGAAAGGCAAUAAAUGCUUUAUACGCUUGAGAAGCCCAAGCCUGCGAUUGAUUUUCCUAGUUAGGUGUUCAAUAUGAUCAGUCCAUGUGAAAUCCGAAGAUAUAUGUAUACCGAGGUAUUAAAGCUGAAGGAAGAAAUGAAUUAAUUGCAUCGAAAAUUCUAACCGAUGUCUCCUCGAUUAAUCUUGAUCAAGCAGAGCAUGUGUCUGAAGACGUGCUUUGUGCACUAAUCAUGAAAUUUGGUAUAACUCUUGUACUUGCCAUUGCUGGUGUUGCCUCAUCUCUCCAGGUGUUGCCAGAUCUCUUUCGCGAGUAAGUUCUGAAAAUGCUUUUUCCAUCUGUGAAUGUGGCUGACCUCCGUUGCCUCUACAAGUGUCUACAAAAGCUGUCAAAGUUCCUGUGUUUUGACGAUCUUGAUCAUCAGAGCAUGUGUCUGAAGACGUGCUUUGUGCACUAAUCGUGAAAUUUGGUAUAACUCUCGUACUUGCCAUUGCUGGUGUUGCCUCAUCUCUCCAGGUGUUGCCAGAUCUCUUUCGUGAGGAAGUUCUGAAAAUCCUUUUUCCAACUGAGAAUGUGGCUGACCUCCGUUGCCUCUACAAGUGUGUACAAAAGCUGUCAAAGUUCCUGAGUUUCAACGAUCUUGAUCAUCCAUCCCACGUAUUAUCUCCUCCCUGUGAUAGAUGUUUACGUUGCCAGUCACAGUUGCAAAGCUACAAUAGACCAGUUAAAAUUGAUUUCUAUCAUUGUAAUUCUUAAGUGCAACCGAUGUGGUAUCUAUUACGAAUACUCAAAAUACAGAAACCCUUCUUCGCGAUGGAAUUUGUAUGAUUCACCGCGAAUCGCAAUUGAAGGCUCAGAUGUUCGCUUUGUGCAGCAUAGAGUUACAGAAAUGGCAAGUCUCCUUGGCGUAUGUUUUUCCCGUUUAACGGGAACUGAUUAUUUUUCAAUUUAUGCAUUUCAAUCCCUGUUAGUGAUAUUAUUGUGCGAUUCCUUUUCUUGUUUCAAGAUGUAAUUCCUGGGUGUCAUUUAGUGGUUUUUUUGAGGUGAAGUUCAUGACGAAGUGUGUAACUGUGUUGCAAUAUGUAAACUGAUGACGUUAAUCAUGCAGCAAGCAGAUAGUAUUAUUAUAUUAUAUUAUUAUUAGAGACCAGAGAAUCUCAAGGAUGGAAGGGCAAUUGCCAAUUUCAUGGUCAGCACAGUAUGAGGCCUGAGUAGGUUAUAUUUACUCCUACGGCACAGUAUGAUGGCUGAGUAGGUUAUUGUUACUCCUAUCUGCAUUAUGUUUAGGUUAUGGGGAAAAAAGGUUGCUGCAGCAUUCUUUAAUGGAGAAAUGGAGAAUGAGUUAAGAGAUUUAGGAAGGCUGGACAUGUUUGGUUUGAUGAAAGAAGAUAAUGAUCGUGAGAAAGUAACGUCUGAGAUGGAUAAAAUAAGAGCCAAGUCGGUGUAUGAUCACCCUUCUGCUGACUGUUCAGAUGCAUGCAAGGACCAUGGUGAGAGUAAUAUCUGUUUAUACAAGACAAGAAGUUUAUAUUUGGGUUCAUUUUAG